CUCGUUGAUGCGCCAAUGGUGCGGGAGCUCCGCGCCGACUCCUUCUACGCCCGCCUCCGCGCCGCCGCCGCCGCCGCCGCGGCGGCCGCCUCCUCCCCGCUGCUGAUCCUCCCAUCCGCGGCCGACGCCGACUCCCUCUGCGCGCUCAAGGCGCUCGCCCACGUCCUCUCCGCCGACUCCAUCCGCUUCUCCAUCUACCCCGUCGCCUCCGCCGCCGCCGCCGCCACCCUCCUCGCCUCCUUCUCCGCGUCCCAGCCGCUCUGUCUGCUCCUCAUCAACUGGGGCGCGCACCGCGACCUCCGCGGCAUCCUGCCCCCCGCCUCCACCGCGUUCGUCGUCGACUCCCACCGCCCCGUCCACCUCCACAACCUCGCCGCCGCCAACGACCGCGUCGUCGUGCUGUUCUCCACCGACGACGAGCACACCGCCGACCUCUCCUAUGAUUUCGACGUUUCCGCCCUCGCCAACGCCUCCGACCUCACCGCCGACGGGGACGCCGACGAGCACCUCCGUGUCUCGGAGGAGGACGAGGACUCUGACGCCUCCGACUCCGAUUCUGAUGCCGAGGGAGGGAGAAGGAAGAGGCGGCGGCUCUCGGACGAUGGGGAGGAGGCGGACGGCGACCCGGAGAGGCUGUUCGGCAAGCUGCGGAGGGAGUACUACCGCCUCGGCACCUUCCACGGGAAGCCUUCGGGGUGCCUCAUGUACGAGCUCGCCCACGCGCUCCGCAGGAACACCAACGAGCUCCUCUGGCUCGCCUGCGUCUCCCUCACUGACCAGUUCGUCCACGAGCGCAUCACCAACGAGCGCUACCAGGCUGCCGUCAUGGAGCUCGAGCAGCACAUCAAUGGAUCAGGCAACCUCGACCCGUCCGGCCUCGGGUCGGUGGUGACGCUCAAGGAUGGAACCAAGAUCCGGGCGCCGGAGGCCUCCCGCAUCGCCUAUGAGGACGAGCCAAGGCUGAUGCUGCUGCGGGAGUGGAGUUUGUUCGACUCCAUGCUCUGCUCCUCAUAUGUCGCGACCAAGCUCAAGACCUGGAGCGACAACGGGCUGAAGAAGCUGAAGCUGCUCCUAGCGAGGAUGGGGUUCCCGCUCGCCGACUGCCAGAAGAGGUUCCAGUACAUGAGCAUGGAGGUCAAGCGCAAGAUGCGCGAUGAGUUUGAUCGGUUCCUGCCUGAGUAUGGGCUCACUGAGUUCUACUACCGGAGCUUCCUGAGGGUGCACGGUUACAGGUCCAAGGUGUCUGCUGCGGAUGUUGUCUAUGGCGUCACAGCUUUGCUUGAAUCCCUCAAUGCCGAGUCCAAGGACUCAAAGGAGUCCUGUGCUGCUGAGCAAUUUUGGGUUGCAUACUCUGCGUUGUCGCUGAGCAAUGUGGAUCAGCUGCGAAAAGGAAUGCAAUCUGCAAUUGAGAUACAGAUGGCGAUACUGAGGCAGGGAAGCUCAGCCAUCACCAAGAGUGGAUUCAUCCGGAGUGCUAAGAAGUUCCGGUGGGUGAAGCUUGAUGAUCCAGUGGACACUGCUAAGCUGUGCCAUCCACAGGCGCUUACUAAAUUCUGUUUCUUCCUGAUGGAUGCACUAAAGGAGAGGGGUGCAAGGAUGAAGCCACUAAUCUGUGCCUGCUUAGCAAGGGAGCCUGAGAAGGUGUUGGUCAUUGGUGUAUGUGGGAAGCCAAGGCUCGGGGCAGUUCAGGGGAACGCGUUUGGUAAUGCAUUUAGGUCAGCGGCAGAGGAGAUCGGUGCAGAUUAUUUCCAUGACAUGUUUGAGUCAUCAUGGAUUGUUCUUGAUGUUGUUGCUGUCAGUUCUUUCAUGAUUCGGUUAACAGAGAAGCUUUGAUGCCAUGUGCUCGCCCCACGCUGAUGAUUCUUUCAUUCCCAAGAUGGGAAAUCCGAGGCUUGUGCUCUCUAAAUAAAGGAGGUUGACUAGUUGAUGAUGGUGGUGCAUGCCAUGUUGCUCACCUGAUAUUUUCACCAAAUUACAGAUAGCAGCCUGACAAACAUUGUAAUUUGCAACAUCUGAGUUGCUUGGCAAUCAUGUUUUUAGUGAUAGAGGAGAGGCUGUUCCACUCUCCAACUGCCCCAUUAGCAAAGGAUAAUCCAUCAGAUUCAGAUGCCAACCUGAUUCUGACCUACAAGGGGCAAGGUACACUUGCUUACUGGUUUCUCUACCUGAUAGAAUGGAUGUUAGUAUCUGUACUUGCAUAAGCAUGCAGCUUUUAUUGUAGGAUAAUGUUGUAUUCGUUUCUGUAUCAAUAAAGUUGUUUCAAGUUUUUAGUGUGCAAA